ACCAACGACAAACAGCCCUAUGCGGUCUACAUAAGGAUAUGUUGGGGGCCCCCUGUACAUAUGGAUAUUUCGGGACUUGGCGGAUCUGGAAGCCCAUUAUCAGCAUCCAACUCAGCGCCCUGAUCUGUAAUAAGGUAAUUUAGGUUAUAGGUUUUACAUCGAGUCUUUUUUUGGAUCAAUUGGGUAUAGUGCAUCCGCCGCUUUUUCCUCAGGUUCGACUCAGUCAUGUCUCCGGAGGCGCUGGAUUUAUGCAAGGUUUAUGCGAUACCUUAAGUAUCUCCUAACUUAUGCGAGGCGUACGAAUAAAACGGACCUCUGAUGAAAAACGGUGAGGUCGAGAGACAAGUUUGGCAAAUGCGUAGGCCUGUAGACAUAAUUGACCCCGUGCGGUUUUUGGCCAUAUCUGAAUCCGUCCUCUACUCGGGGUAUACUGGGUGUCCAUGCACUCGGUAGCGUAGGUGUAGGUACCUAUAUAAGAAACCAGAAUAUCUUCUAACUGCUUCAACUAGGUUAGGAGGUAGGUAUCUCCUAGGUUAGGUAGUUUUCUGGGAAGAAUAGUAUUUCAUCGCAGGUCUCCAAUAUGACGCUCGUGAAUAUCCUUUUUUUAAUACUACCUUUUUCUAUGGCUCAUUCAUGGGUUGAACGACUAAGGCUUCUUGGCCUAAAUGGAACUAUGGUCGGAAAUGAAGGCUUCAUUCGCGGCGCUAUGUCACGAUAUGACGCAACAUUUAAUGACUUGAAGCAACAAUAUUUGCUUCCGCCUCCCGGUCGAGACGAAAGCUUGGGAAUCCUUCCUUCUGAUCCCAUUUGUCGGGAUACCCAACAGACAGUUGAUCAAUUCAACGUUGCAUUCCCUCCACUACAGGCCCGACCCGGCGACUUUGUGGCUUUACAAUACCAGGAAAAUGGCCAUGUCACCCUCCUUAACAACACACCACAAAAACCUGAAAGUUCUACUGUGUUCAUCUACGGUACUUCGUUUCCCAUUAAAGAUGAAUGUCUUCUAUCUGUUCAUCGCGUCUGGAAUGCUGAAGGAACAGGAGGAGAUAGAAGGGGUAAAUUGCUCGCCACUCGACCUUUCGAUGAUGGGAGAUGUUACCAAAUUAACAGCGGGCCAAUCUCUUCACAGCGCCAGAGAACGUAUUCUAAAGUCGCAAUGCGCCCCCAAGGAGCCGAUCUCUGGUGCCAGAACGAUUUGCGACUUCCUAUGGACAUUCAUGAUAACUACACCUUGUACUGGGUUUGGGAAUGGCCCACCAUCCCUACCAACACGACACCCCAGGGGCGUAUGGAAGUCUAUACAAGUUGUAUGGAUAUUUGGGUUCUGCCGGGAAUUCAGGAUGGAGCUGUAUCGUUUGAAAAGGGUCAGGAUUUGAACUUGGCUGGAAUCGAGGAGCAGAUGCUUUCAAGUUAAGUUUAGUAAAGAUUAUCUAUAAUAUCGUAGCAAUACAUUUUCCCAUUUCCAUUCAAA